GAGAGAGAGAGAGAGAGAGAGAGAGAGAGAGAGAGAAGAGAUAGAGAGAGAAAGGUGAGGAUUUCUGGUUUUUGAGAGAAUGGGUGCUCCAUUAUCAGCUUGGCCAUGGGAGAACUUAAGUAGCUAUAAGUAUGUAUUGUAUGGGCCUUUGAUUGCCAAAGCACUGCAUUGUGUGUUAUGGAGUGGAAAUGAUUCAGAAAGAUGGUGUGUCCAUAUACUAAUAAUAUGUGCCCUAAGAGGCCUCAUUCAUCAGCUCUGGUUCUCAUAUAGCAACAUGCUUUUCCUCACAAAGAAAUUAAGGGUUCUCCAACAAGGGGUGGAUUUCAAGCAAAUUGACAGAGAAUGGCACUGGGACAACUUCAUCUUGCUUCAAGCUUUGAUGGCAACAUUUGCAUGCUAUUACUUCCCUUCCUUCACCAAAAGUCUUCCUCUAUAUAAUACAACUGGCUUCAUUUGUGUACUGCUCCUUCACAUGGGAUUUUCAGAGUCAUUAUACUAUGGGGUACACCGAUUGUUUCACUCUGAUUAUCUCUACACCAACUACCACUCAUUCCACCACAAAUCCAUGGUGUCACAAUCCUUCACAGCCGGUUCAGCUAGCCUAUUGGAACAUAUAGUACUAUGUUUUAUUAUGGGGAUCCCUAUUGUUGGAGCUUCAUGGAUGGAUUGUGCAUCUCUAUCGAUGGUGUAUGCAUACAUCAUGGCCUUUGAUUUCAUGAGGUGCCUGGGUCAUUGUAAUGUGGAGAUCAUACCACACUCUCUGUUCGAGUGGAUGCCCCUUCUAAGAUACAUCUUCUACACCCCAACGUACCAUAGCCUCCACCACAACGAAAAAAGCACCAACUUUUGCCUCUUUAUGCCCAUUUACGACGCACUUUUCAACACUCUAAACCCCAAGUCAUGGGACCUCCACAGGACUGUCAGAUCAGGUUGCGGUGACAAGGUGCCAGACUUUGUAUUCCUUGGCCACGUUAUCGAGUUUGACUCGGCUUUGCACGUCUCAUUCUUGUUUCGCUCCAUCAGCUCCAUGCCUUGUGUUUUCAGGCCCAUUCUGCUGCCAACGUGGCCCGUCGUUUUCGUUGUCAUGCUAUUUAUGUGGGCCUCAGCGACCACAUUUCUGAUCUCCUUCUACACCUUAAGAGAUAGGCUUCAUCAGACUUGGGUGAUCCCUAGGUUCGGUUUUCAGUACUUCUUGCCAUUUGCCAAGGAUGGAAUUAAUAAGCACAUUGAAGAUGCCAUUCUCAGUGCGGACAAACUUGGCGUGAAGGUCAUCAGCCUUGCAGCUUUAAACAAGAAUGAAGCCUUAAAUGGUGGUGGCAUUAUCUACGUUCAAAAGCACCGCAACCUCAAAGUGAAAGUAGUCCAUGGAAACACCUUAACGGCGGCCGUUAUCCUUAAUGAGCUCCCUAACGGUGUUAAAGAGGUCUUUCUAACGGGUUCCACCUCCAAGCUUGGGAGAGCUAUAGCCCUCUAUCUUGCUCGAAAAGGCGUUCGCGUCCUGAUGCUUACUCUUUCCCAAGAACGUUUCCAGAUAAUACAAAAGGAAGCACCUGUGGAGUACCAGAAGAACCUGGUCCAGGUCACCAAGUACCAGGCUGGCCAGAACUGCAAGACAUGGAUAGUUGGGAAAUGGAUUUUGCCACGAGAACAAAAGUGGGCCCCCAGUGGGACCCACUUCCACCAAUUUGUGGUCCCACCCAUCUUGAGGUUGAGAAGGGACUGCACGUAUGGGAAGUUGGCCGCAAUGCACUUACCGGACGAUGUAGAGGGCUUGGGUACCUGCGAGUAUACAAUGGGGAGGGGGAUCGUGCACGCGUGUCACGCCGGGGGAGUAGUGCACCUUCUAGAAGGGUGGACCCACCACGAGGUGGGGGCCAUCUCCGUUGACAGGAUCGACUUGGUCUGGGAAGCAGCUCUCAAGCACGGCCUGAAACCAGUGUGAACAAUUACUAUCUUGCCCUCAAAUUUGACUGGGCAUUCCAUGUUAUGACUUCGAGGUUCGAGGACACGGAGUGUAAACUUAGACCACCCCCCACCAUUAUUCAAAAAAAGAAAAACAAAUAAAUGUGAUCUCUACAUUCAUGUAUUUGUACUGCUAAAGUACUUAGUCGUUAGAAAAUAUGGGUUUUUUUUGUCAUGUUAUUGUAUUAUGUUUCUUCAUCAACAUGAGAUUGAAUUAUUGGGGGCUUGGAAUGUUCUAAA